AUGUCGAUUGGCCACAGAGCAAGAUCUUAUUUCCUGGGAAAUGGAAAAACGGUUGAUUAUCAGAAGUUAAUGAACAACCACAAUGAUGCUUUCUUAGCUGGAAGCGCGUUUCCUGAUGCCUUUUACAGUAAUUUGUGUAAAGAAGGUAACUACAGCCAAAUAUCAGAGGACACUCAUUGGACACCUUUUAUCACCGCCUCAGUUAACUACAUCAGGAACAAGUAUCAACAACCAUGGAACGAGGCAACAGAAAAGCUUGUAGUUUUUAUUCUUGGAAUUAUGUCUCAUCAAGUGUCAGACGUGGUGUGGCAUAGUCUAGGAAUUGAACAGGGAUUCAUUCCAACUUUAGCUGCUGUAGAUUUUCAUGGAAACUAUUCCGUGGCCCAUGAAGCAGCAGAUUUGGGCGGUGAUGUAAUAUCAGUGUGGGACAUGGAAGUAUUUGAUGACCUUGACCCUACACAGGACUGGUACGUUCCAACUGAUGACUUAUUCAACAUAUAUCAACAAUAUUAUAGCAGUGUAAAGAUAGACAAAGAUACAAUUGACUCCUGUUCAACACUGAUUGUUCUAGCUAGACGAUCAGAGAAACAGGAGACCAGGAAAAACCAAGAUAGCAAUGAUCCACGUACUGGUAUUUAUGCAGUUAACAGUUCAUAUGCCAAACUUGGAUGGUCUCUAGAGACGGGAGACAUGGAUGGAGAUGGUUUUGAAGAUUUAAUCAUUGGUGCUCCAGGAUAUAGUGUACAGGGGAGUGUGCAGGAAGGCAGAGUUUACAUCAUCUAUGGAAAUGAUUCUGAUUCUGGUGGAUUUGAUUAUUAUGGAAUAAACCUGGAUGUUAAUUCUCGAUUUAAUCCCAUUCAUGAUCACAUUACAACGAUACAUGGAUAUCACAACAAACAAUCCAGAUUUGGAUCAGGCCUGGCUGUUUUGGAUAUAAACCUUGAUGGCAUAUUAGAUAUAGCUGUAGGAUCACCUGCAUAUUGGAUCGAUAGCCCAUUGGAGUAUAAGGGAUUAAUUUCAAUUUAUCUCGGAAAAAAGACCAGAAUGUAUGAAGAAGUUGACAUUGUAAUAACAUGUCAGAGUCAGUAUUGUAACCUUGGAUACAACCUUGAAUCUGGUGACAUUGAUGGCGACGGACAUGAUGAUCUCAUUUUUGGUCUACCAUUUUAUACAGAUAAAUAUAAUCAGAGUGGACUUGUGGCUGCAAUGAUGGCCAGCAAAGAUGUUCCAGUACACAAGACCGUUGCAUUUGAAGAUAUAAAAUGGAGGCAGAUUCUAGAUAAAGAGGUCAGAACAAAAGCCCAUGAAUCUGCUGGCUACAGCUUAGACUUUGGAUAUUUAUAUGACACAGCGACAAUGAUUUUAGCAGUAGCAUUUCCUGGAAUGACUGUUGAGGGAUCAUAUCUAACACUGCCUGUCAAUUUAACACGUGCUGGUGUUGUUAUACUUUAUAAUAUGACAGGCACGACACCUGUUGAAGUUGCUAGAUUUGAGGGUAACAGUAGAUAUGGUGGAUUCGGUACACUUGUUAUGAUUGAAGAUGUGAAUGGAGACGGUACUGAUGAUUUGUUGAUAGGAGAACCGUCCCGGAACAGCAACAAAGCGGAAAUUAUCAAUGAUGUAGAUGGACUGGUGUAUGUUUACUAUGGAGGGAAAAACUUUCCAAAAGGGGAUGCAACAAGGGUGCAUUGUGGCUUGACAAAACCUUGUCCACAGAAAACAGUAAGCACUUGCAUUCUCCAUAUAGACUGCUAA